AUGGUUGUCUUGCUGAAGAGGAUGCUAUUCUGCGCCGUUCUGCUGGGAAUCGGGCUGGCUCGAUUUGCCUUAUCCGCUUUCAACGCAGAGGCACAUGCGGCGUGGGAUUAUGCGACAUCCAGCAGUGAGAUGUUGGCUGGUGCAUCCAAGAAUCAGCAUAUGAACACUCCCGGUGAAGCAUCUCAAGCGCAAGCUCAGUUACGCCGGUUAGAAGGAAAACAAAAACACCUGAAGCAUUUGAUCAAUUCGCUCAACACUGAAAGUCCUUGGUGGGAAUUGUCCGAAAUUAAAUAUGAACUGGAAGAGCUUUUUAAUGCUUUGAGGCCCCCCUAUUUGCAGACGAUCUCAUCUGAAUUUUUCGCUGACGAAGACUUGCCUAGAUUCGAAGCGGAAAGCCAAAGUAGAGGAACAGAACGGAGAACUGUCACUGGGAGUUUCAUGAAAGCGCUUCGGUUAGAUAAGAUGUCACUCAGCGCACGUCGGCCUACUCACAAGUCAAAAGCGGGCAAAAAGGAGCCUUCUUCCAGUGGAGGACAUAAUCAAUAUGGAGAAUUAAGAACCGACCCUUCGAUUUACACAGACCUUGUGGACUCAAAACCAAUCUCAUCAAGUAACUUACUUUCCAAAACAGGGAAUAUAUAUCACACGAGAGACCGGACCAUUAAGGAACAAAUGGAGCUCUGGAAUUCUUUAGAAAAGAAGCUUGUCCAACUUAAACUUUCGAAAAAUGACGGUGUUGCUGCGCGAAGAGCCGUGCUGUAUCUUAAAUUUUUGGAAUCAUUGUAUGUUAUGGGGGACUACAUUCUCAAGUAUGGAAUGGGACUGCCCCCGGCGUUCAUCGAAAACAUAAGAAUCUUUGAGCCCAACACUCUCGUGAACAUGGUCGAGAUGCACGUCGACCUCCUGUUCCUCACGCAUGGGAAGAACUUUUUUAAACACCAUGACUCUGUAGUUCCGCAGCUAGGAUUUUUGGAAAUCGGCCCGGCUGUAUAUCACUUUCACAGACCGAUUGGAGCACUCUCUGAAAAACAUCAGAAGCUUGUCGUCUUCAGCGUCCUGAAGAAAAUCAUGUUCCAUGCGCCCGGAAACCUCCCACACGAUGGGGGGCUAUUAAGUGAACACUUCGCCUCGAUUCGCCAAAGAUUCCUAGAUGUAAAUUUUCUCGAGGAAGCGGAAGUGCUUUGCUCCCUACUGAACAACGCACCACAUGCGAACCAUCUUACGGAAAUGGCCGAUUUUCGAAUCGCCGAUCUAAUUGCACAACUGAUCCGCCUGUUUCAACAUCCUCCAAUAAAAUCACCACCAGGUCAAAGAACUAUAGAAUUCCAACUGGUAUUUUACACUUUGGAUUUUGCUGACAAAUAUUACCGAUCGAUCAUGACGUCAAUCUCAGAGCGGAUGAGGAAUCCUUCACUUUUCCUGAAACAAUUGGAAUUCAUGCGUAGCUGGCUGGCAUUCCGACGGAGUCCAGCUUACUAUCCUACCCGCGGGCUACGGGAAAAGCCGUUUGUCCAAAUGCCCACUGGCCAACACGACAUGCUUCAGUACUUACUCCAGUCGUGGAUUAAACAAAGUACUUUCGAACUAUUUCACAUCGAUUGGUUCAGUGACCAAGCCCCAGCGGUCAACCUUUGGAUGGGCCCAAUUUAG